AGAGUAGGGUCAGUCUGGGCUAGCUCGUCCCCGCCUAACGUUGUGCUCUCAACGUCUCUCGAUUACAUCUUCAGCAUUUCGGCAUCGACAUCCCACCAACGAUCGCCAAUCUCACGUGGCGCCGCACAAAUUUGCCGCUAGGUGCGCAACACCAGAGUAGUUCGCAGUUACAAUUGUAUUUCGGUAAUCAAAUCCACUCCAACGAACGUCGAGCUAGCGUGGUGCCGCACAUUUUUGCCGCCAGGCGCUCAACACAAAAGUUUCGUCAAUUCAAUCGGUAAUAUAUCACUACCUCUACUCAGUGGUUUAUGUGUAUUACUUCGACUUACGGCAUUCUCACGAGCAACCUUUCUCAUCAAGAGUUUCGGGAACCCAACUUUAUUCAUCACGAUCCGUAUCACACGGCCUGGAAUCGCAUAUUCCGGGAACACGCCACCCCCAGCUUUAGUUACCCCACGCCUCCGAUAGGAGCGCCCUAUCAAGAAUACGCUCGCAACCACAAUCAUGGCCGCAGCCAUCGCCGCCGCAGCAGCAGCCGCAGCCAAUGCAGUUCCGCAACAACCAAUAGUGAAUCCACCCAGAGCAUUUAAGCCUUAUGGGUCACCACCACCCUUCGAUCUGGAAGCUGAACGCGAUUCAUUCGGCGUAUGGGAAGAAAGAUGGAAGAUAUUUCUGGCUCUGUCAACCAUCGACGAAGUACUCGACGCCGCCGCACGCCCCGCGUAUAAGACGAACCAGCUUAAAUCUUGCCUGUCAACCCCUACGUUGCAAGCUGUACUUUCUGCCGGACUCACGACUGUCCAACUGGGAGAUCACGAGGAAAUCAUCAACCUACUCCGUACCCGCUGCAAUGCGGGCCGGAACCGGCAUGUCUGGCGUCAUCAAUUCGCAUUAUGUUUUCAGCUCCCAAACCAAUCAGCAGACAACUGGCUAUGCAGUCUCCGAGAUAUCAGCCGCAAGUGCGACUUCGGACAAGAUUGUUGUGCCCGAUGCGAACCGACGCGUAUAUUGGGCCAACUGAUAUCCGGCGUAUCAGACAACGCCGUUCGCAUAAAACUUCUAGAGCUCGGCGACGCACUCACCCUAGAGCAGGCACUAACAAUCCUCCGAUCGGCCGAAACAUCCCAACUACAAGCUGCGUCUCUUCAACAAAACGAUCAUGCCAUCAACGCUAUCCGCCGCUCGGCCUACAAAUCUAGCAAGUCACCUACGCGUGACAACAAACAGACACGUUUUGCCCCGGACACGAAAUCUAACGACCGAACGUCAGCGCCAUGCCGUUAUUGUGGCGGGCCCCAACGACACAGCACAACUCAAUGCCCGGCAUUCGGGAAAAGCUGCGACAAUUGCGGCAAAGACAAUCACUUCGCGUCGGUGUGUGAGAGCGACACCGAUCUUCAAGACUAACACGGCUACAUUCCUCUCGGCGAGUCGGCGUUAUCAACGCCAGAAUGUCACUUUGCCUCUCUUGCCAUCAUUCAUGUUUUCCCGUCCCAAUUGAUUACGGCCACAAGGAACGUUACGCGUCCGUAUUUUGUUCCGUGUUGUCCCUCAAAACAGCCAUGCCCCCCGUUUCCUUUUCAUCUAUUAAUCAAGCCUACUUCGUCAACGCGUGGUGGCCAUGCCAGGAACGGCCACACCAACUAACGUCCCAGCCGGGAUCGUCUCAGCCGCGAUCAUCCCAGCCGCGAUCGCCCCAGCCGCGUUCAUCCCCCCCUCCAGCCCUGGAGCCAGACAGCGCGCCGCUUCGCUACCCGGCUUAGUGUGGAUUCACGCGAGCCACACCGAUCUUCAAGACUAACCCGGCCACGUUCCCCUCGGCGUUAACAAAGCCAGAAUUUCAUUUUUGCCCGCUCUUGUCAUGAUUCAUGUUUUUCCCGUCCCAAUUAAGUACGGCCACACAGAACGUCACGCGUCCGUAUUUUGUUUCGUAUUGUUCCCCAAAACAGCCAUGCCCCCCUUUUCCUUUUUCACGUAUUAAUCAAGCCCUACAAAGAAAGCAAACCCGGAAAGAAAGGGCAUGUAUUGACUUGACUGAGUGUGUGAAGCAGACGACGCUAGUAAGAGAGUAGGGUCA